CAUGCGAGAAUGAUCCGCUCAUUCCACAUCGAAUCUCCUCUAGCCACUAUAUUUACAUGAAAUCUCGCUUCUAUAAUAUUUCACAUCAAAAAAAAUUCAUCCAUCGUCAAAAUCUGCUUCAAAAAUCUUCCCACAAAUCAUUGAUCAAUAAAAUCUGAGAAAAAUGUCGUCGAUUCCAAACAUGUUCGGAGACUGCCGCAGCCACGCGUUCGACCCGUUCUUGAUGAAUUUAUGGGCGCAUUCUGGGGGCUCCGCCGUCGCCAAUAAAACCACGGUGGCGGCCAAGGCCUGCGUUGACUGGAAAGAGACGGCGGAGGCUCAUGUGUUGAAGGUGGAUCUUCCCGGAGUGAAGAAAGGCGAAGUUAAGGUGGAGGUUGAAAACGGAUGCAUUAUUCAGAUUAGUGGAGAGAGAAGGCUGGAGGAGGAGAAGAACGAGAACGUCAAGUGGCGCCUCGUGGAGAGGAGCAGCGGCAAGUUCAUGCGCCGCUUCAGGCUGCCGGAGAAUGCCAAUCUGGCGAAGGCGAAGGUGGCGAUGGAGAAUGGGGUGCUGACGGUGACGGUGCCCAAGGAAGAGCCGAAGCAGGUUCAGGUGCCCAAGGAGGAGCCGAAGCAGAAGCAGGAGGAGCCGAAGCAGGUUCAGGUGCCCAAGGAGGAGCCGAAGCAGAAGCAGGAGGAGCCGAAGCAGGUUCAGGUGCCCAAGGAGGAGCCGAAGCAGGUUCAGGUUAAGGUCACUGAUUCUCUACGUGAGCUUAUUGAAGAAUUAAGGUGUAUGAAUGAUGUUGUGGUUAAGGUCACUGAUUCUCUACAUGAGCUUAUUGAAGAAUUAAGUAUGAAUCAGAAUGAUGUUGAGCGUGAGAUCUAAAGAAAUAGAUCUUAUUCUAUAGAGAUUAAAUGUUACUUUGUC